UCCAGCCUGCCAGAGCCUGUUCGAGGUUCCAGCUCCCAGCCCAGCAUGGCAUCCAGGCUGCCUGUCCAGACUUUGCCCUUGAUCCUGAUUCUACUGGCUGUCCUGGCUCCAGGGGCUGCAGCAGACUUCAACAUCUCAAGCCUCUCUGGUCUGCUGUCCCCAGCACUAACAGAAAGCUUGCUAGUUGCCUUGCCCCCAUGUCACCUCACGGGAGGUAACGCCACACUGAUGGUCCGGAGAGCCAAUGACAGCAAAGUGGUGAAGUCGAACUUUGUGGUGCCGCCGUGCCGGGGACGCAGGGAGCUGGUGAGCGUAGUGGACAGUGGAGGGGGCUACACAGUCACUCGACUCAGUGCCUAUCAGGUGACAAACCUCACACCAGGAACCAAAUACUACAUUUCCUAUCAAGUACAGAAGGGGACAUCUACUGAGUCCAGUCGAGAGACCCCGAUGUCCACACUUCCUCGAAGGCGCGUGGAGUCCAUCGGGCUUGGAAUGGCCAGAACAGGAGGGAUGGUGGUCAUUACAGUGCUGCUGUCCGUGGCCAUGUUCCUGCUGGUUGUAGGCCUCAUCAUCGCCCUGGCAGUGGGUGCCCGAAAGUGAGGAGGUCUCCCCUGUGCCACAGGCUGCUCAAAGAAGUCCCAGCUCUACCCCUGUCUCCAGCCUGCUCUUCCCAGGGCUCCUUCAGUGCCUCCCCCUCCCACCCCCCGAGUCCUUCCCUAACUGCGUCCCUCUCCUUGCCCGCGUCUCACCCUCACGGCACUCCCAUCAAAGCCAACUUACCUCCUAUUUUACCCCUCUCACCACCAGAGCAGCCACCACUCCCCCCAUGAGCUCCGUUCUCACAAUAAAGCUCUGAAUACCC